AUGCCUUCCGAAAAGUCUCAGUAUAUACCACCACCACCUAUACCCACCUACGAUGAAGCGACCGGUGGUAACAACCCUGGAUCUUCUCGACCAAACUGGCCCCCGCCUUCUUCGCCUAUAGAUACAAGGCCCGAUCACGAGACGGAAGCGCAGUCCCUACUUUCGCGUCCUAGGCAGACCGACUCGUCGAGGCGUGCGCCCCAGGGAUACCAACCUCCAUAUGUGGAAUCCGACGACGAAGGAUCGCAAUGGACCCUCGAUGAUGACGAAAGCGAUGGGGAGGAUGCGCAGGUUCGGCGCGAAAUGCAGGAGCUGGAAAUUGAGGACCCCUUAAACGAUUCAAGCUCGAGAUCGUCUUCUUCAUCGUGGAGGAAACGGAUAGCUUCUUCUUUACCGCAGUGGAAAUGGCGAUGGCGGCUCCCCAGGUUUACUGUUCGAUUACCUCGACAGAGCGAUGCUGCAAAUAAUCCCGAUACCGAAUCCGGCGAGACGAGGAGAAGGUUUAGGAUGCCGAAUAUUAACAGCGCCGCCAUUAUACUUUUGAUCGGUAGGUUGCUUGCGCUUUUCCUCGUCCUAGGUUUCCUAUACCUCCUAUUCGUAAGCGACAUCUUUACAAACAUGACGAGGCGUAUCGGCGGCCACAUGUUCGAUCCCGAAGCUGUGCGUCAAUAUGUACAGGCCGAAGUCAAUUCGGACAUGUUGAGGAAUAGGUUAAGGCACUUCACGGGAUAUGCGCACAUCGCGGGGACCGAGGGUGACUACGCGCUCGCGAUGGACGUGCGGAAUGAUUUCAUAAAAUUCGGCUUGGAGGACGUUACGGUAGACGAUUACUACGUAUAUCUGAAUUACCCCAAGGCCGACGGUAGAGCUGUUGAGAUUAUGUCCGAAGAUGGGAAGCACGCUAAGUGGAAAGCCGCUCUCGAAGAGAAAGAGCUCGGUGAAAGGACGGCGGGCCGCCAGACGUUUGUGUUUCAUGGUCAUUCUAAAUCAGGCGACGUGAGGGGCCCGUUAAUAUACGCCAACUACGGGUCGAGAGAGGAUUUCAAGAGGCUUGCCGAUAAGGGUAUUGAUACCAAGGGCGCGAUCGCGCUCGUUCGCUAUUAUGGUACCCAGACUGAUCGGGCUUUGAAGGUUAAGGCCGCCGAGCUGGCCGGGUUUGCCGGAUGCAUCAUAUAUAGUGAUCCGGCGGAUGAUGGUUUCUUGAAAGGGGAGCCGGCACCUCUUGGACGAUAUAUGCCCAAUGAUGGUGUUCAACGAGGAGCGGUCAGCCUGAUGAGCUGGGUAGUCGGAGACGUACUCACGCCUGGCUGGGGAAGCAAGAAGGGUCAACCGCGCAUGACGACGGAUCAGACGGCUGGCCUCGUUAAGAUCCCGAGUCUUCCCCUCGCCUGGCGUGAUGCCCAGGUGCUUUUGAAGCAUAUCCAAGGCUUCGGUGAACGAUGUCCGGAAGACUGGCAGGGUGGCGUACCUGAAGUCGAGUGGUGGACAGGGAAUUCUUCGUCGCCAAUUGUGCGGCUGAAGAAUGAACAAGACGAGGUGGAACGACAGGAGAUCUGGAACGUCUACGGUAAAAUUAUUGGUGUCGAACAGAAUGAAAAAUCCAUCAUCAUCGGUAAUCAUCGUGAUUCCUGGGCCUUUGGCGCAACUGAUCCAAAUUCGGGUACGGCUGUCAUGCUGGAGGUGGCGCGCAUCUUUGGCGAUCUUCUAGCUAGGGGCUGGCGGCCUCUUCGGACGAUUGAGUUCAUGAGUUGGGAUGCCGAGGAGUACAACCUGAUUGGAAGUACCGAGUUCGUUGAACAGAACCUUGAGACUCUCCAAAAGAACGCUUUCGCAUAUAUCAACCUCGAUACUGCUAUUUCGGGCCAGGAAUUCCACGCUGCCGCAUCCCCGGUGUUCCGCAAAGUUGUCUACAAGGUAAUUGAUAGAGUUUUCGACCCUGUUCUGAAUGCUACACUUCGCACGCUGUGGGAUGAACGUAACGGGGAGCUCGAAAGCCUUGGUGCCGGUAGCGACUAUGUGGCGUUCCAGGAUAUAGCAGGUACCAGCUCUAUCGACAUUCGAUUCGGCGGGGCUGCUCAUCCUUACCAUUCUUCAUACGAUAACUUCGACUGGAUGGACCGUGUUGGGGACCAAGGCUUCAUAUACCACAACCUACUUAGCCAAGUUCUUGGGCUUCUCAUUCUAGAGCUGUCUGACAAGCCGAUAUUACCUUUUGAUAUGGGCAAUUACGCCCUCGCUCUGGGCCGAUAUCUGGGAGACCUGUGGCAAUGGGCCGAGGAUAAAGGUCUUAACAAGCACUUCAAUCUAGAGCCUAUCAAGAAUGCGAUUCAGGAGGUUGAAAAGGCUGUUUUCGAAUUUGAGAAGUGGGAAACGGACUGGCAGCAAAGCGUCGUAUCGUCAAACGGCUGGGAGCCGGUAGGCCUAGGUCAACGGAGAGGUGACUACAAUAGCCGCAUGGCGAAUUUCGAGACCGGACUUCUAGAUUUGGAGCUCGGUGGCGGGAUUCCGAACCGAACACAGUUCAAACAUGUCAUCUUCGGCCCGCAGCUGUGGUCCGGGUACGACGAGGCCUACUUCCCAGCUAUACGAGAUGCUGUCAACGCAGAAGAUUGGCCGUUAGUCCAGAAGAUUAUCGACAAAACUGCGCGGAUCAUCACAGAUGCUGCUAAGGCGCUGAUAGAAUAA